CUGCUGGGCGUUCUGCUGCGACGCGGGAGGCGCUGAGCGUCUGUGCGAAGGUCCGUGAUCUGAGCGCGUUGUUUGUUGUUGCGCUUCGGAGGCGGCGAUCCCCGAAGGCGAGUGAAGUAUGGCUAAAGCUGGAAGCAUUAACCUAGGUUAUUUCUCAGUCUAUGACUGGCUGCAGAGGAACAGCCUACAGAAGUGCGAAGACUCUCCGACCUGGCAGACGCGCAAAAACCCCUUGCAGCACUUGUGGGGCGACGGUUUCUCGUGUGCCGAAUACAAAAUCAAACCAUCUCAUCUGGAAAGGAUCCACAGAGCUGCUGUCUAUGGUAAACUAAAGAAACUGGACACCAUUCUGAUCACGGAAAAUUGCAUCGAUGACAAAGACAGGAAGAACAGGACUGCUCUACAUUUGGCCUGUGCCACUGGCCAAUAUCAAGUGGUAGAACUCCUGGUGCUCAACAAUUGCCAGCUUAACCUCGUCGACAGUGAAUGCAGGACACCUCUGGUCAAGGCUAUACAACUUAAGCACGUGUCUUGUGCAACUUUUCUGCUGGAAAAUGGUGCCAAUCCAAAUAUUGUGGAUUACUAUGGCAGGACUGCUCUACACUAUGCUGUGUAUAAUGAAGAUACAGCCAUCAUAGAAAGACUACUUUCACAUGGUGCAGAUAUUGAAAGAAGCAGCAAGGAAGAACCUUCACCACUUUUACUUGCUGUGGGUCAAGGAAAACUGAAGAUGGUGGAAUUUUUAUUGAAGAAAAACGCAAAUGUAAAUGCACUUGAUUCACUUAAAAGAUCAGCCCUCACACUUGCUGUUCGUCUUGAAAAAGCAGAUAUAGUCACUCUUCUUCUGCAGCACGAUAUUGAUGUGUUUUCUCAAGAUGUCUAUGGGAAGACCGCAGAAAAUUAUGCUGCUGAUGAUAAAAAUGAAAUCAUUCUCAAACUAAUUUCUGAAUACAAAGAAGAAAAGAAAUCUAAAGCGCUUUCUAUAAAUAGCAAUCCAGGUAAGAUUCUGACAGUGAAUUACUCUUGAUGGUGUUACCAUAGAUAAAAAAGAAUAAGGAUGUUUUGAUUACAAAAAAGCACUGUUUAAAUGGCAUACAUUUAAAAAAUACUUUCUUAGUAGUC